AUGAACGAUUUACUCUCUAGUCUACCGCAGGAAACCGUCAACGUUAUCAGCAGAUCAGAUCGCACAAAGAAGCAGUACGUUGCAACCGAUGACAGGCCCAAUAAUCACGAAUUAAAUCCUAGGAAACAGAGCGGGCAUCAAAAACUUAUGAGGGCAGAAAAAACUCGGUUCACUCAGGUACUUUCGAACCUGGAAUUCAAUAAGUCGCCUUUUUCCGCUUUGAAGCAAGCAAUUGGCUCGAACAUGAAGAGCCGGUAG